AUGUCAUCUGGACCGCACACACCCACUGAAGAUAUGAGUGAUCCAAUCAAUACAACACUUGAUUGCCUCACUGCAGCGGAAGAUAUUGUGACAGAUCAUCACGAUGAUCGUUAUAAUACUGAGGACCGUCGGCGUAGCAGAACUGACGAUGAAGACUUUAAAUAUCGACGCAGAAAAAGCACCAGCCGAUCACUAUCACCGCCGCGUCGACGCUCCAGAUCUCCACGUCGUUCUCGGUCUCCGCGGCGGGAACGUACACCACAUAGGCGUUCCCGCUCUCCACGAACGCCACAAAGGGGAGGGGAUCCACAUCCUGAACCUUAUCGCCGUCGUCCACCGUAUCAUUAUGAACCUGAUAGACCUGAUAGACAGGAAAGACGAGAAAGAGAACCGGAAAGGGAUAGAAAUAAUAAUGGUACACGAGAAGCACAUCGCGAAAGGGAACGAGAAAGAAGGGAUCCACGUAGCCGGUCAAGGGAGAGGGAACCGAGGGAACCAAGGGAACGAAAUGUUAGUUUGCGUAAUAAUUUCAGACAAGACAGAAAUUAUAAUCAAAGGAUAUCAGCUCGGGAAGUGGCAGGUAUGUCAAAGAAUAAUCCAAUGCCAUCAUCCAAUGGUCUACAAGGUUUGACAUUCGAUAUUAAAUAUGAUUAUUUACCUACCGAGUGCCGCGUUUAUGUUGGAAAUUUGGCUUAUGAAGUAAAAUGGGCUCAAUUAAAAGAUUUUAUGCGCCAAGCUGGUGAAGUUGUUUUUGCCGACGUUUUGGUGCAACCUAAUGGCAUGUCUAAAGGAUGCGGUGUCGUUGAAUAUCGUACGCCGGAAGAUGCACAGAGAGCAAUAGAAACUCUUAAUGACACCCAAUUACUCGGGAGACCUGUGUUUAUUCGCGAGGAUCGUGAGACUGAAGCAAAAUUUGGUACUGGAUUAAGUAUUAGGCCCGAUAGAGCAUUACCAAUGUCCAAUAGUAAUCAUAGUCAUCAUCCUCCAAACGUUAGUGGUGGUAAUGCUGGUAGGCAAAUUUAUGUGGGCAAUCUACCCUAUUCUGUUGGGUGGCAGGAAUUAAAAGAUCUUUUUAGAAAUGCAGGAAACAUUAUUCGCGCUGAUAUACUCAUUGGUCCAGAUAGACGAUCUAAAGGGUCAGGGACUGUUCUUUUUGAGACACCAGCAGAUGCUGCAAAUGCGAUUUCUAUGUACGAUGGGUUCGAAUUGAAUGGUAGAAGGAUUGAAGUCCGUGAGGAUCGAUUUGCUGGAGGACCACCACCACCGAGAUUUUCAACACGCCCAACACGUCCUUAUGCGGCGGGUCCGAGCCAUUAUCAUAACUCUGCAGGAGGGUUUUAUGGGCCACAAGCAGCUGCACCAGCAAGCUUUGGUUCGACUUACCAAUCUAUGGGACCUGGACCAGACCAGUAUGAUGGAUACGGUGGCGGUUAUAAUGAUUUCAGCGCUGCAGGCGCAAACAUGAUGGAUUAUAGCGGCGGUGGAUUUGGUGGAGGUUACAUUCCCCCAUACGGUGGUGCAGUUGGAUAUGACGGGUCGGCGGGUUACUAUCCUACACCAGGAGCAUCCGGUGGGACUGGAACACAAAUCUUUGUCAGAAAUCUCCCGUUCACAACAACUAAUCUGGACUUGAGAGAUCUCUUUAAACAUUGCGGGAAUGUUUUAAGGGCCGAGAUUCUAGAGCAGAAUGGAAGACCAAAGGGAGCCGGUGUAGUACAAUUCGAUUCAAACGAGGCUGCUCGUUUUGCUGUUGAAAAAUUUAGCGGGUACACUUACGGCGGUCGUAUUAUUGACGUUAAUUUUGAUCGAUAUGCUUAA